GUGUGUUCCGGGUUGAGGGGAGGGGGAGUAGAUUGGUGUGGUUCAUUCUAAAGAGUGAAGGAAUUCCCGGGUGGAAAUAUUUCCACUAGGAACGCCAUGAUACUUCCGGUGCAGAAACGGUAAUGGGAAGUCUUGGGAGGAAAGAUAAAUUCGAGAAGGGAGACAGAGGGAUGAGGUUUUUGGAGCUAGGUUAAUCACUGAAACAGCCAGUGCACCUAUCCUUAAGACGUGUUCUGGACCUUUCCCUCCCCAGAAAGGCAGAUUGCAAAUUAAAUGCAAUAUACAUGGGUUUGUCACGGUCUAUACAAUCAUUCUAAAGUCCCGGCCGGCCCUCAGUUCCCUAAGAGAGUUACCACUUGCCGUUCUACGUGCGAGAUACCACCUAAAAUUGGCAACAGAAAUUAAGGUCCUGCACAGCAAAGUAUUUAUACAACUGCUGGGGCCACUCCGCGGGGUGUGGAGGCGGGGAGGGAGGAGGAGUGAAGGUUGUUUACAAACUUUACGUACAUACUCAGCACCAUUCCUAAAGUUCUGGAAUUGGUGUUUACAACCUUCGGAUCUAGGGGUGUUCUGAUAACCUGGGUUCCAGUGCCUGGUUUAUGCCCACCCCAGCCAUAACCUUCGGCAGAAUGUUAGGAUUCCUGCGCUUUGGCCCUAGGUCUUGGGGCGGCGAUGACUCACGGCAGCACCCCCUUACCCCCCCGCGCGUCAAACUGCCGUCUCCGCCCACCCCCAAACAAUCUCAACAACGAGCCGAGCCGCAGCUCCUGGCGCUUUGCUGGGGGCUGGAGAGGCCCAUCGUUGUGCUCGUAUCCCAGCAGGCUAAAACCUUCCCAGUCCUACUCUUCAAGCUUGCCUCGUUCCCCCACCGGACCCUUCCGUUGAGCAGUGGAGACAGAUGCGACAUCCCCAACCGGGGACGCAGGAUCCACCAACGACAGCGCUCGGCAGGGGCAGCCAAGUGGCCCGGGCCAUCCAUGGCAUGGAAACCGUUGCCCUGCUAUACGACAGUGAACAAGAAACUGUUUCUGCUCUUGAGGAAUUCAUGUUUGGUGAAACACAUGGUCCAUUUGACAGAUCUCUCAAAAGCAAGCAGCAUCACUGAUAUCGUCUGUGUGGAUGGUGCCCCUGGAGCUGGGCAGUACAUAGCCUGUACAGCUGCAUCCUGGGGCCCCGAUUCAACAAUAUGUACUGGUUCCUGGGUUCGGGCCCCGCGUCGGGCUCUGUGCUGACAGCUCUGAGCUUGGAGCCUGCUUGGGAUUCUGUGUCUCCCCUCCUCUCUCUGCACCUCUCCUGCUCAUACUGUCUCUCUCGAGGCGGAAUUAUUUGAUGUUAACAUCAAAGACCACCGCAAUCAAGUGUGGGGUUUGCCUAUUAAUAUGCCAUGUAGCUAAUAAAAUGGUCAUUCCCCUUUUAUUUACCAGAAGCCUAUGUGACAGCCUAAAAGUGAAUCCCUCUUUCCUCUUCUGUAACAUAUAGUACUGACUUGUUUGGGGAUAUUUGACAGACUAAAAUUUAAGCCCUCUUUCCUUUUCCAUAAUAUGUAGUACCAAUUCGUUUGCGAUUGCAGUGAAAAUUCAAAGAGACAAUACAUAACUCAACCAUUUAGCACAAUGACUGCUCUACCAUAAUUAUUGUUAGCUGCUCUUGCUUACUACUGUUAGCCGUACAUAUGUUAGAGGUUUACGGUAAGAAUCACAUCCUUUUCCCUCUAAACUGAGAACCAAAAUUCGAGAAAAUAGAUACAGGAAUUAAACCAAGAGAGAUGAAAGGAUUAGUUUUAUAACUGAUAUUGCUAAUUGGAAGAACAUGGACUGGAUUUUCUGUCCACCUCUACCAAAUCUAGCAAUUGGUAUAGCUAAGCCCAAGAAACAUUGAAAUUGCUUUUUUGCCUCCAUCAAAGAUGGAGCGGCCCGGACACUGUCCCAUCCCAGGUUGGCUGACAUCAUGGCAGAACAGAGCCGACCCCUCAGGUGAGUCACAGAGCAGAGAAGUUGAGAGCUCUGAUCGUGGCGUUGGACACGUGAGCGAACCUGGCCGUGCCAUUCAUUAGCCAAGAAAUACCCAGCUCUCAACGUUUCUGUGACAGUCUUGUCAUCUCUAAGAAGCGGGUGGUAAUGGUACCACCUCACAGGACUGUCAUGGGGGUUGAAUAGAUGAAAAUGUUGCUCUCUGGCACAUAGAAACUCCAGUAAUAUAUGUUUGUCGCUAUCAGUAUCGACAAAAAGAAUACAGAAUACAGAAAGCAUGGCACCCCCAUGUUCUCCAGUCCCUCCUAUCAAAGAGGUUACUCUUCUUCCCAAGGAGAAGAGCACGUUAGGAGCAAAUACUUCUGAAAGAGAGGUCAUGGUCCCAUGCAUUUUCUUUCUCUACUCUGGAUACUAAGCAGAAGGGAAUAGGGUUUACCUUCCAUAUAUUUUAUCACUUGAUAUGGGUUUGAAGCUAUCCUAUCCCUGCAGGUCCCUAUGUCCACCUGGAGAGAAGGGGCUUUGUCACAUUCAUUAAAUAUUCCCAUAAAAAGGGCCAUGUGCUGUGCUUUGCAUCCAGUCAGCACUCAAUCAAUGCAUGAUGCAUUUGAACGUGAGCAUCUUUCUCUGAGAGAUUUUGUUUCCAAUAUACUACUUGUGAGGAGCUAACGUGUGGGGGCAAAAUACAGGCUCUGAACAGAAGUGUGAGGUUCCCACUUGUUUGCUCCCUUUCUUCAAAACAAUCGAGCCUUCUGGAUCCUGAUUUGCAGGACCAUCCUGAAACUGCAGGAUAUCUGACACUGACAAAUUUUUUAGCACAGGGCAAACACUUUUUACAUUCAACUUCCUCGUGUCCGCUUUUUUCCUGAUCUAGAGUUAUUGGACUUAUAUGUCCAAAGCAGAAACAGAGAAUUAGAAAAAGUUUACUGUAAGAUGAACACCUUGAUUUAUUUGCUCCCUCCAUUUGUAUGCUCAUAAAUUAGGUUUAGCUAAAUAUACACAUAGAGGAAGGAUUCAGUGAAAUAUGGAAUGGCAACUGGGGUGCCUGGGUGGCUCAGUUGGUAAGCAUUUGACUCUGGAUUUCAGCUCAGGUCAUGAUGUCAUGGUUUGUGGGAUUGAGCCCUGCAUCAGGCAUAGUGUGGAGCCUGCUUGGGAUUCUCUGUCUCCCUCUCUGUGCACACCACCCCCCACCCCUGCUGCCCGUUCUCUCUGUCUCUCAAAAAUAAAUAAAUAAAACAUUAAAAAAUAUGGUAUAGCAACUAGGCAAUAUAUUGUGAGGCUAGUAAAUAUGAAGAUUGUGUGGCUAUGUAGAAAACAUUCACAAAAUAAUAUUCAAUUCAGUAAAGGAGGGCACCAGACUGGAGGUAUACUAUCAUUCUAAUAUAAGAAAUACAUUUCCUUUGUUGUAGUAGUUACUCUCUGAAAUUAUUUGCUUGGUAUUUAUUACCUGCCUCCCCCAAUUGCAAUGUAUGUUCAAUGGGAUUUUGUCUAUUUUGUUUGUCUCGAUAAUUCCAUGGCCUUGUGGCAGGGUUUGGCACACCACGGCCAGCUGGCCAAAUCUGACACGCUGCCUGUUUUGUAAAUAAAGCUUUAUUGAAACACCACCAACCAUCUUUGUUUACAUAUUGUCUAUGACUGUCUUUGCCCUACAAUGGCUGACCUGGGCAGUUGUAACAGAGCCUGGGUGGCCCUGGAAAUCUCAGUCUUUUACUACGUGGCCCAUCAUGGAAGAUGUUUGCUGAUCUCUGGCCUAAACCACUGGCUGACACAUGUUAGUGCUUAAGAAGACUUAGAGAAUGAAUGAGUGAGUCAAUGGAUAAAUGAAUACGUGUAAAUAAAGAGCGACAGAAAAUGCUGAUAAAGAAAAACGUGUGUGAAAGGGAUAGAACUAUGGUUGACAUUCUUGCCUUUUGAAAUCCUGAACUGUUUGUUUAGCAACGUUAUUCCUUAAACAGAAGUAGAAGAAAAAUUUUAAAAGUCAUCCUACUAUCUUUGUAGAUCUCAGAGAAUAUAGUUUUGAGGUCUGCGGUUCAAGAAUUGCUGAAAUUCUAGAUUACUGAGCUAUUCACUCAUGUUUUCAUUUUUAGUUCAAAAGCAAAACGCCCUCAUUACUAAUUAUCCUUCUAAUUGUGAGUUAACAGUGGGGAAAGCCAGUCCGUGGGGAUUACUGGAGAGGCUAUGCCACAGCAGACCGUGUGGGUUGUUCAAACAUGAAUGGAACAGACCCGACUUGUGUAGUAAUGUAAAUAAUAUUUACCAACUGGUCAUUCAUCAGAAUUAAAUUGAUCCAAGGCCCCAUGAGGCUUGGUUAUCUCAGUCUGUGCUCCAGACAUAACAUUUACCUGAUAACUCACAGGGUCCCCAGGCCAGCUCUGCCCUCCUUAGUGGAGUUCUCCUUCUAUCGGCGUUCAAAAAGAGUCUUCUUUGUUUAAAAGUCAAUCUGUUGGCCGAGAAAAGAGAAAUCAGCAUAUACCUUUUUAAAAGAUCAAGAAACAAAAAUAGGACGAGAGAGACAUUUUGUUUGCUUCACAUGAUGAUGAAAAUUGGUCUCACACACUGCCUCCAUCCAUUCCCAUGCUCCUGUGAAUCUGGUUAGCGCUUUUAUAACUAUUUGCUCAUUUGCUUAACACUCCUUUAGGGUCCUAUCCAACUACUAGCGGAAGCCAAAAGAGGAAAAGCAAUCUAUUCACCAAAAGGCUGCAUUUUUAAAAGACAUUCUGCAUACUCCAUUUCACAAAGAAACAACGGGACUAUGAGCUCUGGGACAUUAAUUUUUCAUAGGCAAGAUAUUCAUCUUUAAUGCACAUGGCCAUAGGUUCAAAAAGUAAUGUUAAGCUUGUGUAUGUUGGCUGGAGUAAUGCUGUUCAAGACUUCCUCCCAGCUCCCUGUUGUACAGGAGUUUUACCCCACUGUGUUCAGUGUUUUCCUUUGCAUUUCAGAGCCCUGGAAUCAAGUGUAGUUGAGGUUGCAUGCUGGAUUUUGGUAGAGGCAUGUGUUUGCGUGAAUUUACCUGUAUUUACAUCCUUCAUUAACAGUGGUGGCAAUUAUUCUAAAGUAACCCAACAGUAAGGUGCAAAUUAUUUGACCCCUUUGAGCAAAAAGUCAGGAAAAGAUCACAAUGCCUCAGAAAGAGGCUCGGAUACCUGAGUGACCUCAUUAAAUAUGGCUGUCCCAUCCCUCCUAGAACUCCUAUUUAUAAUUAAUCAUUAAAAUGGCUAGAUUAAGCAGAAUCUAAUUAUGAUGAAGGCACAGCUUGCCUCUUUGGAAGAGAAAACGGAAAUGCUUCUCUAGCUUGGGGUGAUACAGCUCUUUGUACAGGUUCACUUCGGAAUUGACCUCGCUUGAGCGGAGACGGGAAAGGUCUUCCAAUGAACAGAAGAGGCGGCAGCCCCAAUAAAACAGCACUGACAUACAUAGACACACAAAGAAUGAAGACACCGAGUGGGACAGAAUGCCAAAGGCAUGCAAAAAGUCACGCCGACAGAAAUGGAGCAGGGAUGCUAUUUGUGACUCUGCUUCAUAAAACACAUAUUCACUGAGGCCACUAACAUAUCUUUCUCCACAAUUUCAAAUGUAGGAUAUCACAUAAGCCUCUUUUUGCUCUAGACCCAAAGCUGCAGGAAGUCCACCAGCCGUGUACUCUGCUUUUAUUAGGUUGAGUAUAUCCAGAUGAUUUUUAAUAAAGUUUUAAAAGGGCAUUAGUUUCCCGCUAUUUCAAUGAAAACCACUUGCAAGACGAAUUUAAAGCAAUAGAUCUAUUUCUUGUCAACACGUGCCCCUUUUAUGCAAAUAGGCUACUCUUCUGUAAUAGCCAACAAAACAACACACACACAUAAUCAUCAACUGCAUGUGACAUGGAAGAAAAAUGUCAGUGUUGUAAAUGUUUAAAGAUGAAGAAAAUGGAAUGUAUGCUGGGUGCCAUGGUAUGCUGUCCAGAUUCCCCAUUCAGGACCGAGGUUCUUGUUACCUCAAUUGCCGUAAGCUCAGAGUCUGGACACUGGAGGCUCUCUCUGGGAAGUGUCAGCCAAAUAGUGUCUUUAAAAAAAAAAAGUGUUUAUUUAUUUUUGAGAGACAGAGACAGAGCGUGAGCAGGGGACGGGCAGAGAGAGAGGGAGACACAGAAACUGACGCAGGCUCCAGGAUCCGAGCUGUCAGCACAGAGCCCGAUGCGGGGCUUGAACUCACAAACCGCGAGAUUGUGACCUGAGCCAAAGUCAGAUGCUUAACAGAGACUGAGCCACCUGGGUGUCCUGAUAGUGUCUUGUCUUAAGUCAUGCCUGUUCCCUAGAGGCAGCUCACAAUCCAGUGACUGGUCAAUAUGUGUGUUGGAUGGGAGGGCAGAGAGAGGUGCAUAAAGGCCUGACCCCCUGACGUCACGUGACCGCGAGGCCGUUCUAGCAGGAAGCUACUGAGGUCUUGCUGUGACCACAUCAUGGUUCAAUAUCUCCUUGGGCCCAGUUCUACCUCUUGCUUCCUCCUACAGGGUUUAAACUUAAGAGAAUUACAUGCAGAUCUGUAGGUCGGAGCUAAUUUCCUAGGGAACCCAACCUAAAAUAGUGAAGAAUAUUCCUUCCCAAUCUCUCUUUGAUUUUCUUUUCAGCUUUUUAUUAUGGAAAUAUGCAAACAUACACAAAAGUCAAGAAUAUAACUCAUCAGCCUUAUCAACAUCUUGCCAUUUUUGUUCCAUCUAAGCCUUUUUUAAAGCUGUCUUCUUUUCAAGUCAAUCAUUUUAGCCGUAAAUAUUUCAGUAUGUAUCUAACGUAUGAAGAUGUUCUAAAAGCAAUAACCACAAUGCUAUUAGAACAUGUAAAAUUAACAUAUAAAAAUAAUUCCUUAAAACCAUCUAAAACCCAACCUGUGUCCAAAAUUCCUCAGUUGCUUCCAAUUUUUUUCUUUUUCUUUUUUCUUUUCUUUUCUUUCUUUCUUUCUUUCUCUUUCUUUCUUUUCCUACAGGGCACAAUGAUUUGUGAAUUGUUAUUCCCACUUGAGGACUCAUCUUAAGGUAAUCAUGACUCCUCACCAGCAUGCCUACCCUGGCCUUCUAUCUGGUCUCCUCGUCUGUACCUCACCUCCCUCUUUGGAAGCCUUUCCCACUGUUGUCAGGUCGGUUUUCCUAAGAUUCAGCUCUAUUAAUGUUUCCUGCCACAAACAGCACUAUUUCUCUAAGUAUGGCAUAUGGAACAUUAGUCUGUCAACUGCGUUUUAAGAAAGGAAAAAACAUAAAUGGAUAUUCUGUGAUCAAAUAAAUCUCAGAAACGCUAUGAAUUUUGUUCCCUAUUCAAGGCUCUGAGCA